AUGCCUCACCGACUGGCGACCGGUCAGAUGUACGAGAAAGUCGCUCAAUCGGAUGAAGAUGUUGACACGCUGCCAUCUGAGGAGCAACGACCAUGGGACCGCGUCCGCAUUGCGAUAUUAGCGGCCAAUCUCGUCUUGUUCACUCUCACUUUUGUCUUUUACCUGGUGACUAUGGUUACGCGGUUGAAGACUUCGGGCAAUGGGACCACAACUUCGACUGUCAGCGAGCUGCAAGUCGAGUGGCCAGAAGAAUGCGGCCAGUCGGUGGAGGAAGCAAUGUCCAAAGACUGCGCACUGGACGUCAUGAGCAAUCUCUGGACGCCAAACCGCUGCUACAACUCCACCUUCGCUCUCGAGGCUUUGCAAGGCGUAGCGAUCGGAACCGAAGGCGGCGGAGUGGGUGCCCCUGAAUUCGGCUUGCACACACCAUAUCAAUGGUUCGAAGAUGGAGAGCUCACCCGUCCGAUCAGGAACCCGACAGAGUUGGAACAGUUCCUGCUGCAACAGGACAGGCGUGGACUUCCGCUGGAGGCUUUCACGCACAUGUCAUUUCAUGCUGCCCAUUGCUCGUAUUUCCAGCGGAUGGCGGCUCACGGACUGGAUCGACUGAGACGUGGCGAGAAGCAUGUUUGGAUUCCUGCUGUGAUGACGCAGCCUGAUCAUGCUAGGCAUUGCGAGGGUGUCUUUGGGGAGCUGUUUAGGCUGGGACAGGCGGGUGAGAGACGGAAUUGGACGCAGGUCGGAUUUGGGUUCACGCCUUGCGUACGGUUAGGCUGA